AUGUCAGUGGCUGCUUACUGUAUAUUUUGCUAUAGACAAAUAGGAACUUCUGGUCCAGCCACAAAACCACACCUACCAUGGAAUGAUAUCAGAAAAAUUGCAAAGGUAACUGGAUCACUUAUAGUAGGAGGUUUUGUAUUCAUUACAUAUGAAGUUCUGUCCUUAAAGAAGUUACUGCAAAUCGAUACUCAAGCUAUACAUCAAGAGAAACUUAAAUCCUAUGUGUACGUACGUACAACUUCUCCAAAUCUGAGUGAAUAUCAAGGGAUCACAUACCAAGCCAGAAAAGAAAUCCAUAAAGCAGUGAGGAAAAUUCUAGAAACAGAAGCUAAAAUUUUCCGGAGACCUUUCAAUGAACAAUUCAGUACAUUUGAUGGAGAAGAUCAUGAAUGUGCCUUAUGGCUCCUCUUAAAGAGAAGUCAGUCAGAAGACAAAGCGGUCCGACUGCAGGCUGUACAGGAGUUGGUGAACAAGCACUGGCAUGAUUAUCAGUAUGGUACAGUUGCCCAAACCUGUGAUCAAAGGACCGCUAUAGGUUUGGCUCGAUCCAAAGAUACUGACCUUCGCUUUUUCCUGCCUCCACCACCAUUGCCAAAAAUAAAGAACGAUUAUCCCAUAGAAGAUGAACUUCGCUUGUUGUUAGUGUCUUUACCUCAGACUGGUCUUGAUCCAUGCGUCCAGUACUUCACAUCUCUUGCUUUACGUGAAAGUAGUCAGACUCUCGCUGCACAAAGGGGAGGCUUAUGGUGUUUUGGAGGAAAUGGACUUCCAUAUUGUGAAACAUUGAGUAAAAUCCCUUCAGAGACAGUGGAACUCUUUUGCUUGCAAGCUUUAGUGCAGCAUUCUAAGGUUUCUUCUCACUGUGAUAAAAUUGAAGCUAAAGGAGGCCUUCAGCUACUACAGAGAAUAUACCAGCUGCGUAAAGAUUCAGCAAAAAUACAGAGGAACAUAAUUCGCAUUAUUGGCAAUAUGGCUUUGGAUGAACGUCUUCAUUCAUCCAUAGUACGUGCAGGUUGGGUUUCUGUACUCGCCGAAGUAAUGAAAUCUCCACAUGUCAUUCAGUCUUCUCAUGCUUCCAGAGCUUUGGCUAACCUAGACAGGGAUACAGUGCAUGAAAAGUAUCCAGAUGGCGUGUACGUCUUACAUCCACAGUAUCGUAGCAGUCAGCCCAUCAGAGCAGACAUCCUUUUUGUCCAUGGUCUUUUGGGAGCAGCAUUUAAAACCUGGCGACAGCAAGACAUCGACCGGCGUUUGGAUAAAAAGGCUUCGGAAGAGGAAGAGGACUACAGCCAGUGCUGGCCAAAGACGUGGCUGGCUUCAGACUGUCCCGCCCUUAGGAUCAUAUCUGUGGAAUAUGACACCCAUUUGAGUGACUGGAAAGCCAAAUGUCCUGUUGAGGCUCACAGGAAGUCUAUUGCUUUCCGGAGCAAUGAGCUUCUCGACAAGCUCAGAGCCGCUGGGAUCGGAGACAGACCUCUGGUGUGGGUAUCACAUAGCAUGGGGGGUCUUCUAGUCAAAAAGAUGCUGGUGGAUGCUUCCAAGAAUCCAGAAAUGGGUAAAAUUGUAAACAACACCAGAGGAAUCAUAUUUUAUAGCGUACCGCACCAUGGUUCCCAGCUGGCUGAAUAUUCUAUAAAUGCCAGAUAUCUUCUCUUUCCGUCUGUGGAGGUUAAAGAACUCAGCAAGGAUUCUCCUGCCCUGAAAGAGCUGAACGAUGACUUCCUGUCUUUUGCCAAAGAUAAGAAAUUUUCAGUGCUGAGUUUUGCAGAAACCUUGCCAACACACAUAGGCAGCAUGAUAAAGCUCCACGUCGUACCUCUGGAAUCAGCAAACUUAGGAAUCGGAGACCUUAUUCCAGUGGAUGUCAACCAUCUGAAUAUUUGUAAGCCAAAGAAGAAGGAUGCUUUCCUGUACCAACAUACGCUGAAGUUCAUUCAGGAUGUUUUAGCCCAAGAACUUGGAGACUGAGUUUGGAGACUCAGCAUCCUCGGCUGCUUACUUCCUCCAUUUGGUGUAACACAGCGAGUUCCCCUAACGCACGUUAGGGGAUCUGCAGAACUACAAAGAUGCUAUGUCGAGAGUAUCUGCUGCUGACAGUACUUCCUCGGUCCAUC